GUACAGAACUGCGACCGUCCCACGAUCGCAAACUACCUCUACACCUACUUCGACCUCCACGGUGUCGACGAUGAGGUGUACGUCUGUGGGGACAAGAAACGCGAGACGGUCACCGAAGGCCGACUGACCGUCAGCUUCAACAAGAAGCUGCAGUUUGACAGUCCUCUGGACAUCUUGUUCUCUCAGCUGUUGUCGGGGUUCAAGGCGCGCUACGCUGUACUCGCAAAGGAAGUCAAGGCCACGCCUGCUAUCUCACCUCUGGAAUCCGAGACACCAGCUCCUUCCAACGACAAUGGGCCCCUGCUAGACGAGAUGGAUCUCAUGGACAGCGACGCGGACGAUUCCGAGUCAGAUGGAUUUUCCGAUGAUAACGAGGAGCUGGAGGUUUCUCCCCAGACUCGAGAUCUAGCUGAGCAAGUCUCCACCCACGAACACGUGGUGCGCGCUUUUCUGAAGGCAUACGUUUCCGAUGGGUGGCACGGCGCACGGGUCGAGGACAACAUCCCGGACUGGUGGGCAUCCCAAGAGCAGGCUAUACUGGCCGUCACGAAGACGUCGGUCGCAAGCAACAAGAGGCGCAAGGUUGGACCGCCGCCGCCCGAUGUCGCAUGA